AUGAAACGUGUUAACGGCAAGAAAGAGGCAACCAAUACCAUGGUUCUCACCAUAACCGGCUCCACUCCCCCAUCCCAUGUCUUCUUCGGCUAUAUUCGUGUUCCAACCCGAACCUUCUAUCCCAGUCCUUUGAUGUGUAACAAAUGUGGUAAUUUCGGCCACAAUAAACUUCGAUGCGAGCAAAACGAAACCUGCCUGGUUUGUGGUGAAACCGCAGUUCAUCCAAAUUGUUCGAAAGACCCAAAAUGCCCAAAUUGCGAAGGUCCCCACCCAGCAUUCAGUCGGAACUGUCCAAAACAACAAGAAGAGCAGGCCAUCGUACGGAUUCGUGUGGACCUAGGGAUCUCUCAGGGCGCCGCUGUCAAGGAGUACCGAACCCGCUGUGCAGCAACCAAAAAUUGCACAACUGUACAACAACGUUUGGAAGCCACUAGGACCGACACCCACCAAGACAACAAGGACAAAAGGAUUCGAGAGCUUGAAAAUCAAGUUGCUCUCCUUUUCGACCAGCUCAAAACCCUUCAGAACUGCGCCAAUUCGGUUGCCGAAACCGAAGAAUCUGCCGACUCCGACGACACAAUGGUUUCCGAAAGCAGCUCCACCUCGUCCACCCCGAAGAGGAACCGGAACCGCGGGUCUUCUGAGGAACGCAGCACCAAAUCAGAACUGGAACUGAAAAACGAAGCGACACCAUCCCCCAUCCUCGCAGAUUGGUCAAAAUCAACGGAAUUCUCGUGGUAA